ACAAAAAAGGAGUGAUCUUUUUCGACAAACAUUUAUUGUAAAAAUAAAAUAAAAAUCCAAAAGAGAAACUGAGAUUUCAUAUUUGAGGAAGAUAGAUUGUCUCUAUCUGCCCCACGACACAACUCAACAACACCUCUCUUUGUUGGAGUCUCUUUUUCUUCUCUCUCUCUCUCUAUUUUAACUCAUCUACUACUACUACUACUCUGUCUUUGUAAGAGAGAGAAGGAGUAAGAAAUUAUGGGUUUUGAUUUGAGGCAAGUAGUUGCUGGUAUUCUCACCAUUACCAUGUUUGUGAUGCUUGGACAGAUGCUUCAUCGAGAUUACUUUGAUUCUCUUCAGGAGAAAGCUCAGGGAGAUGCACAAGAUAUUGAAUUUGAAGGAUCUAAAGUCGCUGUGAAAGAUGGUCUUGUCGGAACCGUUGACGGCAAUCGUAAUGGACCUUGGAUGGAAGAUAACACUGAUCUGAAUCCUUGUUGGCCAACAUUACUAUCCGAUGAAGCUGUAUCAUCUAAAGGGUAUGUUACAUUCUCACUAACCAAUGGUCCUGAGUACCAUAUCUCUCAGAUCACUGAUGCUGUAAUGGUGGCAAAGCAUCUUGGAGCAACUCUAGUACUUCCUGAUAUAAGAGGAAGCAAACCUGGUGAUGAAAGGAGUUUUGAAGAUAUCUAUGAUGCGGAUAAGCUAAUUAAAAGCUUGGAAAAUGUCGUUAAAGUUGUGAAACAAUUGCCUGAAGAAGUCUCUCUAAGGAACAUGGCCAUUGUGAAGGUUCCUACCAGAGUUACAGAAGAUUACAUUAAGGAGCACAUUGUUCCCAUCUUCAAAUCCAAAGGAAACAUUCGAGUCGCAUCAUACUUCCCUUCUGUAAACCUGAGGAAAUCCUCACAAGAUGGCGAAACUGAUCCUGUGGCGUGUUUAGCAAUGUUUGGGUCAUUGGAGCUGCAACCUGAAGUGAAUGCAGUGGCUGAAUCAAUGGUUGAGCGGUUGAGGACACAUAGCCGGAAAUCAGGUGGCCGUUUCAUAGCGGUAGACCUUAGAAUCGACGUACUUGAGAAGAAAAAUUGCCAUACAACUGGUGUUGGAGGGUCCAAGACAUGUUACAAUGCGCAAGAGAUUGCUUUAUUCUUGAGGAAGCUUGGAUUUGCUAGCGACACAACUAUCUAUCUGACUCAGCCAAGAUGGGACAGUAGCCUCAAUAUCCUUAAGGAUAUCUUCCCGAAAACGUUCACAAAGGAAGCAAUAAUGCCGGCAAGUAAGAGAUCAAAGUACCUUGAAUCAGAGAGUUCUGAGUAUGAAAAUGCUAUCGACUUCGACAUAAGCUCAAGAAGCGAUGUCUUUAUUCCAGCCAUAUCCGGUCUGUUUUAUGCAAACACAGUAGGCAAAAGGAUAGCUUUAGGUAAGCCUCAAGUGCUAGUUCCUGCAGAAAUCUCAGAGACAUCUGGCCUUGCUACAGAUUUUAUCUCUCCGUACAUCUCAAAGAAGAACCACUUGGCUUAUUCAUGCUUUUGCUGACCUUCUCGCAUUUGUAAAGUAAUCUCCACGCAUACUUCCUCGGAAGGCCUUCUCAGUUUUCAUCAAGUGUAAGCAAUUUAAUUAUUCUCUUGUUUUUAUUUGUAAGUUUGUUUCAAUCUAAGUUGUUUUUUUUUUUUGCAUUCUAUAAAUUUUGCUCUAUAGUGCGAAACACAUAAAUUGUUUGUAAGAUUGAUUUAGUGUUGAGGGUUUUUAGUGAAGGAAGAAGAAACAUGUGAACUAA